CAACCAGUUGCUUAGCAACCACUUGUCAACAGUAGCUAAGCCGGACAGCAGUUUACCAGGUUAAAUUACUCCUUGUUUUCUUUUUUGUUUGUUUUAGUUUGGUUUUAAUUUUGUGGACAUUGUUUGGAAGACACACCGCGGGUAAAUGUGGAAGAAAAAGAGGACGGAGCUAAAAGCAGAAGCCUUCACAGUGAGAGCCAGCAUGGAGAAUGCAGUGGUGGAGCCCCCUGCAAAAACAGAUGUUUUUCAAGAGCAGGCUUACAGGCCAACGGCCUUUAGGAAACACUACGAUCGGAGAGACCUUCCUAUCGCUUUGGAUUACGGAGGAAGACCGAACUCCAUCAAGUGGCAGGUGGACAUUGAAAGAAUCGACUACCACCACUACCUUCCCCUGUUCUUUGAGGGUUUGAGAGAGACCGCCUAUCCAUAUGAGACUCUGGCUUGUCAGGGGGCAUAUGACAUGUUGGACCACGGAGGUCAAAAGAUCCUACCUGUGAUUCCUCUCCUUGUGCAACCAAUCAGGGAAGCCCUGAACACGAGGAACCAUCGAGUCGUGUGCACCAUGCUGAAGGUUCUGCAGCGUCUGGUGAUGUCUGCAGACGGCGCGGGGGAAGCAUUGGUGCCAUACUACAGAAACAUCCUCCCUAUGUUUAACAUCCUCAAGGACAAGAAAAGCCUCAACUCAGAGAAAGGGGACAAUAUUGGUCAUCUGGUUGGAGAAACUCUGAAAGUGAUGGAGCAACAAGGAGGACAGGACGCCUUUAUACACAUAAAGUACAUGAUUCCCACCUACCAGUCCUGCAUAAGGAACUGAAGCAGAAAGACAGGAUUGACAGUCAUCACACAGUCUGGUAAUCCUGGAUCGUUCCUCAUUUGGAUUGUUAUUAAACAGCUUUAAAAAAGUUA